CUAAAAGGAACAGGAAACUUGCCGGGGAGGCGGCGGCGGCUGCGGCUCUCCGGGCGUCCGGGCGGCGCACGUCGCGGGGUGUCCGGAGCUGCAGCGCCGCUCCUGGCGGCUCCCCUGGCGCGGGGCAGGGCUGAGCCCGACACUCGAUCCCUCGGGCCGUGCCCGCCGCCGCCGCUCUGGGCGCUACAGGCGGGCGCUCCGUUCCGCCUCUGCCGCGGCAGCUCCCCGGAGAGGGCGGCGAGGGCGCAGAGAAGAGGAGGGACGUCUUCUUCGGAGCAUGAAGCAGCAUGACUGAUAAAAUGUCCAGCUUCCUCUACAUAGGGGACAUCGUGUCCCUGUACGCGGAGGGCUCGGUCAACGGCUUCAUCAACACGCUGGGGCUAGUGGAUGACAGAUGUGUGGUGCACCCAGAGGCGGGGGACCUCGCCAACCCUCCCAAGAAGUUCCGAGACUGCCUCUUUAAGGUGUGCCCUAUGAACCGAUAUUCUGCUCAGAAACAAUAUUGGAAAGCCAAGCAAGCUAAACAAGGGAACCACACAGAGGCAGCCUUGCUGAAGAAAUUACAGCAUGCUGCAGAACUGGAACAAAAACAAAAUGAAUCAGAGAAUAAGAAGCUGUUGGGAGAAAUUGUGAAAUAUAGUAAUGUUAUACAACUACUGCAUAUAAAAAGCAACAAGUAUCUGACUGUCAACAAGAGAUUACCCGCUUUACUGGAGAAGAAUGCCAUGCGCGUGUCCUUGGAUGCUGCAGGAAAUGAAGGGUCUUGGUUUUAUAUUCAUCCCUUCUGGAAGCUGAGAAGCGAGGGUGACAAUAUUGUUGUUGGAGAUAAAGUUGUUUUGAUGCCCGUGAAUGCAGGACAGCCACUACAUGCCAGCAACAUAGAGCUUCUCGAUAAUCCAGGGUGUAAAGAGGUGAAUGCUGUUAAUUGCAACACUAGCUGGAAAAUCACUCUAUUCAUGAAAUAUAGUUCCUAUCGAGAGGAUGUACUAAAAGGGGGUGAUGUUGUUCGAUUGUUUCAUGCGGAACAAGAGAAGUUUCUGACCUGUGAUGAAUAUGAGAAAAAACAGCACAUUUUCCUUCGUACAACUUUGCGUCAGUCAGCCACUUCUGCUACCAGUUCUAAAGCACUCUGGGAAAUAGAGGUAGUUCAUCAUGACCCAUGCCGUGGAGGUGCAGGACAAUGGAACAGCCUGUUCAGGUUUAAACAUCUUGCAACCGGGAACUAUUUAGCUGCAGAGCUUAACCCUGAUUAUCGAGAUGCCCAAAAUGAAGGAAAAAAUGUGAGAGAUGGAGAUCUUCCAACUUCAAAGAAGAAACGCCAGGCAGGGGAGAAGAUCGUGUACACCUUGGUCUCAGUCCCACAUGGAAAUGACAUCGCAUCCCUUUUUGAACUGGAUGCCACAACUCUUCAGAGAGCAGACUGCCUGGUCCCAAGGAAUUCAUACGUUCGGUUAAGACAUUUAUGUACAAACACGUGGGUAACCAGUACUAGCAUCCCCAUAGACACAGAUGAAGAGAGGCCUGUUAUGUUGAAGAUCGGAACUUGCCAAACAAAAGAAGAUAAAGAAGCUUUUGCCAUUGUGUCUGUCCCGCUGUCUGAGGUCCGAGACUUAGACUUCGCCAAUGACGCAAAUAAAGUUCUGGCGACCACAGUUAAAAAGCUGGAAAACGGAACAAUAACUCAGAAUGAAAGGAGGUUUGUGACCAAAUUAUUGGAAGACCUUAUCUUCUUUGUUGCUGAUGUACCUAACAAUGGACAAGACGUUCUGGAUGUGGUAAUCACCAAGCCAAACCGAGAACGUCAGAAAUUAAUGAGGGAACAAAACAUAUUGGCACAGGUAUUUGGGAUUCUGAAAGCGCCCUUUAAGGAGAAAGCAGGAGAAGGCUCAAUGCUGAGACUUGAAGAUCUGGGGGAUCAAAGAUAUGCCCCCUACAAGUACAUGCUGAGGCUGUGCUAUCGUGUGCUGAGACAUUCACAGCAGGACUACCGGAAAAAUCAGGAAUAUAUUGCUAAGAAUUUCUGUGUCAUGCAGUCCCAGAUUGGCUAUGAUAUUUUGGCAGAAGAUACCAUCACAGCUUUGUUGCACAACAACAGAAAACUACUAGAGAAACACAUCACAGCAAAAGAAAUAGAAACAUUUGUUAGUUUACUCAGGAGAAAUCGGGAGCCAAGGUUUUUGGAUUAUUUAUCAGAUCUCUGUGUGUCUAAUACCACCGCUAUACCUGUAACUCAAGAACUCAUCUGCAAAUUUAUGUUGAGCCCAGGCAAUGCAGAUAUUCUCAUUCAAACUAAGCUGGUCUCAAUGCAAGGAGACAACCCCAUGGAGAGCGCCAUCCUUUCAGAUGACAUUGAUGAGGAAGAAGUUUGGCUCUACUGGAUUGACAGCAACAAGGAACCUCAUGGCAAAGCUAUCAGGCACCUUGCUCAGGAAGCAAAAGAAGGCACCAAGGCUGAUUUAGAAGUUCUUACCUACUACAGGUACCAGCUAAAUCUCUUUGCAAGGAUGUGCUUGGAUCGCCAGUAUCUGGCCAUAAACCAGAUUUCUACACAGCUCUCUGUUGAUCUUAUCCUGCGGUGUAUGUCAGAUGAGAGCCUUCCCUUUGACCUCCGAGCAUCUUUUUGUCGCCUUAUGCUGCACAUGCAUGUUGACCGGGAUCCCCAGGAGUCUGUGGUGCCUGUUCGCUAUGCCAGGCUCUGGACAGAAAUCCCCACGAAGAUCACGAUUCAUGAAUAUGAUUCUAUAACUGACUCUUCCAGAAAUGAUAUGAAGAGGAAAUUUGCACUGACAAUGGAAUUUGUUGAAGAAUACUUGAAAGAGGUUGUAAAUCAGCCUUUUCCUUUUGGAGAUAAAGAAAAAAACAAACUGACAUUUGAGGUGGUCCACUUGGCUCGGAAUCUUAUAUACUUUGGAUUUUAUAGUUUCAGUGAAUUAUUAAGGCUAACAAGAACACUUCUGGCUAUCCUCGAUAUCGUUCAGGCCCCCAUGUCAUCGUAUUUUGAAAGAUUAAGCAAAUUUCAAGAUGGAGGAAACAAUGUCAUGAGAACCAUCCAUGGAGUGGGAGAAUUGAUGACCCAGAUGGUGCUCAGCAGAGGUUCCAUCUUCCCCAUGAGCGUGCCUGACAUCCAGCCCAGCCUGCAUCCCGGCAAGCAGGGGAGCCCCGCCGAGCACGAGGAUGUCACUGUCAUGGACACCAAGCUGAAGAUUAUUGAGAUUUUACAGUUUAUCCUGAGUGUCAGACUGGAUUAUAGGAUCUCAUAUAUGCUGUCAAUAUAUAAGAAGGAAUUUGGGGAGAACAGUGGAAAUGCUGAAACGUCCACCAAUGGCUCUCCUGAUACAUUGCUGCCAUCAGCUAUUGUUCCUGACAUAGAUGAAAUUGCAGCUCAGGCAGAAACUAUGUUUGCUGGAAGAAAGGAAAAAAAUCCAGUUCAACUUGAUGAUGAAGGAGGCAGGACAUUUUUACGGGUCCUCAUCCAUCUGAUCAUGCAUGACUACCCUCCUUUGCUAUCAGGAGCCCUGCAGCUGCUGUUCAAGCACUUCAGCCAGAGAGCAGAAGUUUUACAGGCAUUUAAACAGGUGCAGUUACUGGUGUCCAAUCAGGACGUAGAUAACUACAAGCAAAUCAAGGCAGACCUAGACCAGCUUCGACUAACUGUAGAAAAAUCUGAGUUAUGGGUUGAGAAGAGCAGCAGCUAUGAGAAUGGAGAAAUGGGUGAAAAUCAAGUAAAAGGUGGUGAAGAGCCAAUUGAGGACUCAAACAUUUUAAGUCCAGUGCAAGAUGGAACAAAGAAACCUCAGAUUGACAGCAAUAAGAGCAACAACUACUGGAUUGUAAAGGAGAUUUUGAUUAGGCUAAGUAAACUCUGUGUACAGAAUAAAAAGUGUCGGAAUCAACAUCAACGAUUACUGAAAAAUAUGGGAGCCCAUUCAGUGGUGUUAGACCUGCUGCAGAUACCCUAUGAAAAGAAUGAUGAAAAGAUGAAUGAAGUAAUGAAUCUGGCCCAUACAUUCCUGCAGAAUUUCUGUCGGGGAAAUCCACAGAAUCAAGUUCUCCUCCAUAAACAUCUGAAUUUGUUCUUAACCCCUGGUCUCCUUGAAGCAGAAACCAUGCGGCACAUCUUCAUGAACAAUUACCAUCUGUGCAAUGAAAUUAGCGAGAGGGUUAUCCAGCACUUCGUGCACUGCAUUGAGACGCACGGCCGCCAUGUGGAGUACCUGAGGUUUCUGCAGACGAUUGUCAAAGCAGAUGGUAAAUAUGUGAAGAAAUGCCAGGAUAUGGUGAUGACCGAGUUGAUAAAUGGGGGUGAAGAUGUGCUGAUAUUUUACAAUGAUAGAGCAUCAUUUCCCAUCCUUCUCCAUAUGAUGUGUUCAGAGAGAGACCGAGGGGAUGAGGGUGGCCCCUUAGCCUACCACAUCACCCUUGUGGAGUUGCUGGCAGCAUGCACAGAGGGGAAAAAUGUCUACACUGAAAUCAAGUGCAAUUCCCUUCUGCCCCUGGACGACAUAGUGAGGGUGGUGACCCAUGACGACUGCAUCCCAGAGGUUAAAAUUGCGUAUGUGAAUUUUGUUAAUCACUGUUAUGUUGACACUGAAGUGGAAAUGAAAGAAAUCUACACAAGUAACCACAUUUGGAAAUUAUUUGAGAACUUCUUGGUGGAUAUGGCAAGGGUUUGCAACACAACUACAGACAGGAAACACGCAGAUACCUUUUUGGAGAAGUGUGUUACUGAGUCAAUCAUGAACGUUGUGAGCGGCUUUUUUAAUUCUCCGUUUUCAGACAACAGUACCAGCCUGCAGACACAUCAGCCAGUUUUUAUUCAGCUGCUUCAGUCUGCCUUCAGAAUUUACAAUUGCACCUGGCCAAACCCGGCACAGAAAGCCUCGGUGGAGUCCUGUAUCAGAACUUUGGCUGAAGUGGCAAAGAAUCGUGGAAUUGCCAUUCCGGUGGAUUUGGACGGCCAAGUUAAUACUCUUUUUAUGAAGAGUCAUUCCAAUAUGGUGCAGAGAGCGGCCAUGGGUUGGAGACUAUCAGCUCGCUCUGGACCACGCUUUAAGGAAGCUCUUGGAGGGCCUUCUUGGGAUUAUAGAAAUAUUAUUGAAAAGUUACAGGAUGUAGUGGCGUCCUUGGAGCAGCAGUUCAGCCCGAUGAUGCAGGCUGAAUUCUCUGUGUUGGUGGAUGUGCUGUACAGUCCAGAGCUACUGUUUCCUGAGGGGAGCGACGCAAGAAUAAGAUGCGGUGCUUUCAUGUCCAAGUUGAUCAAUCAUACAAAGAAACUGAUGGAGAAAGAAGAAAAAUUGUGCAUUAAAAUUCUUCAAACUUUACGAGAAAUGCUAGAGAAGAAAGACAGCUUUGUGGAAGAGGGUACUACAUUAAGAAAAAUACUCCUGAAUCGGUACUUUAGAGGCGAUUAUGGUGUCUGUAUGAACGGACACCUCUCUGGAGCCUACUGUAAAUCUGCACAAGGAGGAGGAAGCUUUUCUGGACAAGAUUCAGAUAAGACGGGGAUAUCCAUGUCAGAUAUUCAGUGUCUACUGGAUAAAGAAGGUGCAUCUGAACUUGUCAUCGAUGUUAUAGUGAACACCAAAAAUGACAGAAUUUUUUCAGAAGGCAUUUUACUUGGCAUUGCCUUGCUUGAAGGAGGAAAUACACAAACUCAGUAUUCCUUCUACCAGCAGUUGCAUGAACAAAAAAAGUCAGAAAAAUUCUUCAAAGUUCUCUAUGACCGAAUGAAGGCUGCUCAGAAAGAGAUAAGAUCAACAGUGACCGUUAAUACCAUAGACUUAGGUAACAAAAAAAGAGAUGAUGACAACGAAUUGAUGACAUCUGGCCCACGAAUGAGAGUAAGAGAUUCAUCAUUACAUUUAAAAGAGGGAAUGAAAGGGCAAUUAACAGAAGCUUCUUCGGCAACAUCCAGAGCAUACUGUGCGUACAGAAGAGAAAUGGAUCCAGAAAUAGACAUCAUGUGCGCGGGAUCAGAAGCGGGAAACGCUGAGGAAAAGUCUGCGGAGGAAGUAACAAUGAGUACUGCCAUUGCCAUCAUGCAGCCGAUUCUGAGAUUUCUUCAGUUACUCUGUGAGAAUCACAACCGGGAACUGCAGAAUUUCUUGAGGAAUCAAAACAACAAAACAAAUUACAACCUUGUCUGUGAGACCCUUCAGUUUUUGGACUGCAUUUGUGGAAGUACGACAGGUGGCCUGGGCCUCUUGGGUCUCUACAUCAAUGAGAAGAAUGUAGUGCUGGUCAACCAGACUCUGGAGAGCUUGACUGAGUAUUGCCAGGGCCCAUGCCAUGAAAAUCAGACAUGUAUUGCUACUCAUGAAUCUAAUGGGAUUGAUAUCAUCAUUGCUUUGAUUCUAAAUGACAUAAACCCUCUUGGUAAAUAUCGAAUGGACCUGGUGCUCCAACUAAAGAACAAUGCCUCCAAGCUUUUGUUGGCCAUCAUGGAAAGUAGACAUGACAGUGAGAAUGCAGAAAGAAUUCUAUUUAACAUGAGACCCAGAGAACUGGUGGAUGUGGUGAAGAAUGCCUAUAACCAAGGAUUGGAAUGCGAUCAUGGGGAUCAUGAGGGCGGAGAUGAUGGUGUUUCCCCAAAAGAUGUUGGACACAAUAUCUAUAUUCUGGCCCAUCAGUUGGCACGCCACAACAAACUCUUGCAGCAGAUGCUCAAACCAGGAUCCGAUCCAGAUGAUGGAGAUGAAGCCUUAAAGUAUUAUGCCAACCACACCUCACAGAUCGAGAUUGUUCGGCAUGAUAGGACAAUGGAACAAAUAGUGUUUCCUGUCCCCAAUAUAUGUGAAUACCUCACGCGAGAAUCCAAGUGCCGUGUGUUCAAUACCACGGAAAGGGAUGAACAAGGAAGUAAAGUGAAUGACUUUUUCCAGCAAACGGAAGAUCUCUACAAUGAGAUGAAGUGGCAGAAGAAAAUCAGGAGUAACCCUGCCCUGUUCUGGUUCUCAAGGCACAUUUCUCUCUGGGGGAGCAUCUCCUUCAACCUGGCUGUGUUUAUCAACUUAGCUGUGGCUCUCUUCUACCCAUUUGGGGAUGAUGGAGAUGAAGGUACACUUUCACCAUUGUUCUCAGUUCUGCUUUGGAUAGCAGUUGCAAUCUGCACAUCUAUGCUGUUUUUCUUCUCCAAGCCUGUGGGUAUUCGGCCAUUUCUUGUGUCAGUAAUGCUCAGAUCAAUAUAUACAAUAGGUCUUGGGCCUACGUUAAUACUUCUUGGUGCAGCUAAUCUUUGUAAUAAAAUAGUAUUUCUGGUGAGCUUUGUCGGAAAUCGUGGCACGUUCACCCGAGGGUACCGAGCGGUCAUCCUGGAUAUGGCCUUUCUCUACCAUGUAGCGUAUGUCCUGGUCUGCAUGCUGGGCCUCUUUGUCCACGAAUUCUUCUAUAGCUUCCUGCUUUUUGAUUUAGUAUAUAGAGAAGAGACUCUGCUCAAUGUCAUAAAAAGUGUCACACGGAAUGGCCGCUCCAUUAUUCUAACUGCAGUCCUCGCCCUCAUCCUUGUCUACCUGUUUUCCAUUAUUGGAUUCCUUUUUCUGAAGGAUGACUUCACUAUGGAAGUGGAUAGGCUGAAAAACAGAACUCCCCUUACAGGUAGCAAUGCAGUUCCUGCUAUGACUUUCACUUCAAUCCUGGGAACAUGUGAAAAGGACAACUGCUCACCCACAAUACCAGCUUCAAAUACAGCUGCUGAGGAAUAUGAAGAUGGAAUUGAAAGAAUGUGUGACACCCUCCUUAUGUGCAUUGUGACUGUCCUGAACCAGGGCCUCAGGAACGGCGGCGGCGUGGGAGACGUGCUGAGAAGACCCUCAAAAGAUGAGCCCUUGUUUGCUGCCCGAGUGGUGUAUGACCUUCUUUUUUAUUUCAUUGUCAUCAUUAUCGUUCUUAACUUGAUUUUUGGGGUUAUCAUUGAUACUUUUGCGGAUCUCAGAAGCGAAAAACAGAAAAAAGAAGAAAUUCUAAAGACAACCUGCUUCAUCUGUGGACUCGAGAGGGACAAGUUUGAUAAUAAAACGGUCUCCUUUGAGGAGCACAUCAAGUCAGAACACAAUAUGUGGCAUUAUUUGUACUUCCUAGUCCUGGUGAAGGUGAAAGACCCAACUGAAUACACCGGACCUGAAAGUUACGUGGCUCAGAUGAUUGUGAACUCUCUCCAGAACCAGGACAGGAGGGAGGAGAGCCCACAAGCUUAUUGCAACAUGAACUGUCUCAUUCUCAUCCAAGCAGUGCACACCCAAGAGAACAGGCACUGGUCCUGGAUUUUAAUGGGCAGGAGGAGUGAUAUUAAGCUUUGGAAGGAUGGAAACAAAAAGUCACUUGCCGGCUUCUUGGAGAUUAUGGCCUCCUAAUCUUGAUCCUCCUAGAGAGAGAAGAUUUUAGAGCACAUGGCAAGUUGAAGCAUGUCUGUAGCUCAAUUCAAAGACUACAUUUUCUCUCCCUCCAGGUCAAAGGUAACUACUCUUAACAGUUUGGUAGGAAAACUUCCAUUUUCCUACCACUUUCAUUUUUGGUCCUUAAAAAUAGGUGCAUUUACCAAGUUGAUUUAAGUGCUUGUUUAUCAAUAGAGCUUUAGAGGAAGUUUUUAAUUCUUCAUAAUUGAUGUAGCUUUUACCCUCAAGGAUUUAUGCAAAAUAAAAUAAGGAAGUUCUUCAUAUUUGUUCACAAAACAACUCAUCUGAAUUCUACACAUUUUAAGCCUGGUUUGUACCUAGAGGCCCUUAGAAACUGUUUCCUGUCUUCUGGUGAAAUGAGAAAAACAAGAGUAUAUCAAGUUUGGGGAUGUUUCUCCCUCUGUAUAUUUUUUCGCCUCCAAUACUUCAACUUUAUUCUUUACCACUAGGUCCCAUAAGGAAUAUUUAUACUAAUGUGCAUUAAAACAUACAUUAUAAAUAAAUUAAUAUAUUGCUUCUAGGGCCUAGAAUCUUAGGAAAUACAUUUGUGCCUCUACAUCCCUCUAGUGACAGGAUCAAGGCUCUGAAAUAUUAACAGAAGCUUAAAACUUCCUCACCCCUGCCUUCAAACCCUACACCAAGCUGUUGGCCUAUCCACUGUCUGAGUCUUUGAAUUAACACAGAACCUCUUCUGGGAUAUUGUUAGGGGAGAUGUGACUAGAUCAAGGUAUUGGGGGGAAUAUAUUUUCUUCUGGCAAACAAACUCUCAUUUUUGAUAAGAGAAUUGAUAUUUUGAGCUAGUAUUUACUGGGGACAGAAAGUAAGAGACAGAAAAGAAAGGACCAUGCAGAAAAGUGAAAGUAAUGAAAGAGAAUCCAAUAAACUAGGAGGAAAGGGUCUAAGAGGAUAAGUCCUGCAGCCUGUGCUAGUAAUGGCCUGUGACCAUCACUCAGCCCUUUUGCCUCUCCCAUUGCUCAUAGGAUGAUAUUGAAGGGGAACAAACAAAAUAGAGAUCCUUAGAAAAAAUGCCCAAGGCUUUUAGAGGUUUCUCUAACAUUUUGGAGACAUUUUCAGUUGUUCGUUUGCUGAGGUAUGUUAAGGACCUUUGGGAAUAUUUAGUACUUAAUUUGACAAAGAGUGGGAUUGAAACCAGAGGUACCUGGAAGGACAGGUACCAUGCAUGUUCAGAGAACUGCCCACGUGUUCUGGUGUCCUGGGCUGCAGCCCAGACCCUGGCUGACCAAGCCUCAUGACCAUGGCUUUGUGGGGACCAGUCUCUCAUUUUAGCACACGGCACUUUUAAGCUCUUCUUCUUAUUUGACUCUUGACUAAAAAUUCUUUGUGGACAUCAUAGUGAUGUCAGCUGGGACAAUUUAACUCAUGUUUUUUGUUUUGGGGGGGUGUUUAAAUAUUUAUUAGAGUAUAGUUGAUUUACAAUGUUGUGUUUGUUUCUGCUGUACAGCAAAGUGAAUCAGUUACGCAUAUACAUAUAUUCACUCUUUUUUAGAUUCUUUUCCCAUAUAGGCCAUUAUAGAGUAUUGAGUAGAGUUCCUUGUGCUAUACAGUAGGUCCUUAUUAGUUAUCUAUUUUAUAUAGAGUAGUGUGUUUAUGUCAAUCCCAGUCUCCCAAUUUAUCCCUCCCCUCACCUUCCGCCCCGGUAACCAUAAGUUUGUUUUCUAAGUCUGUGAGUCUGUUUAUGUUUUGUAAGUUCGUUUGUAUCAUUUUUUUAGAUUCCACAUAUAAGUGAUAAUAUAUGAUAUUUGUCUUUUUCUGACUUACUUCACUUAGUAUGAUAAUCUCUAGGUCCAUCCAUGUUGUUGCAAAUGGCAUUAUUUCAUUCUUUUUAUGACUGAAUAAUAUUCCAUUGUGUUUGUGUGUGUGUGUGUGCAUAUACACACACACACACACACACACACACACACACAUAUAUAUACAUACCACAUCUUUAUCCAUUCAUCUGUCGGUGGGCAUUUAGGUUGCUUCCAUGUCCUGGCUAUUGUAAACAGUGCUGCUGUGAACAUUGGGGUGCAUAUAUCUUUUCAAAUUAUAGUUUUCUCUGGAUAUUUGGCCAGGAGUGGGAUUGCUAGAUCAUAUGGUAGUUCUAUUUUUUAGUUUUUUAAGGAACCUCCAUACUGUUCUCCGUAAUGCUUGUACCAAUUAACUCAUGUUUUUGUUAACAUAAUAAUUGUCGUGACACAAAAAAAUAAUUGUAAGUUUCUUAAAGGCCACAACCAGGAAUAGAGUAGCUUUUGUUCUGUGUAAGACCAGGGCAGAUGAUAGCUAUAAUAUAUAUUAAAAGCAAUUUGAUAGACACUGAGUGCCUCUUAUAUGCUAGCAGCUGUGCUAUGGGUUUGAUACGUAAGGAUAAAUAAGAAGUAAUCUCUUCCCUCAGGAAGCUCAAAACGUUUAUUCCAUAAGUAAAUAAAAUAAUGAGUGAGUUAACAAAUGAACGGUUUAUUCUUAGCCCUCUGGUAGUUGGACAUAAUUUACGGAAAGAUACACCAAAAUAGCUGCAGGAGUUGAGAACAUGAAUUUCUCAUUAGGCAAAUGUCAUCUUUCUCCUCUUAAAAUCGGAAGAUAAAGACGCAGCAGGAACCUUAUGCCACCUGAACCAAGUAUAAUGAAUGCAGUAUUAAAAAUCGGAUGGCUGAUUUGAGAGACAGGCAAUUUAAUCCCUCUGUCGUCGCUCUCAGUAUUUCUGAAGCCCGACCCAUCCCGUACGUGCACAAACCCUCAGGAGGGCCCCUGAAGCCGCUGUCCUAGCAGAGGGGCAAGCAUGCGCGUUGGACAUAAUUCACCCUUCAGAAUGAAUUCUUCCUUGCAUAAUCUAUUAAGGGCUCAGAAAGAGAGAGAUUGUCCUUUUAAUGAGAUAGAAAAGAAAUGCAGUCACACAGAAGGAAGGAAAAGAGCUAAGAAUUUCCCAGAUGUUGUUUUCUGUGUCUGGAACUCAAAAUCAAUCUUGUUUAGUUAAACCGUAUUUUUGAGCCGUAACUGUUGGAGGGGGGAUAUAUUUGGGCUCAUGAAAGACAUCAAGCGUUCUAAGAUUUACAUGUACCCCUCCUGCAUUAGCACCGUUUGCCAACUUAAUUUCUGCAUUAUUGUCAUGUGUCAUAAUUAUGAAAUUAUAUGUUCUGAUCCUAUUAUUUCCAAUUUAUGCUAAUUGUGUAAUUGGAUCUAAUUAAGCCAAUUAUGUAACUGCUCAAUCUUUAAAACCUAUUUUAAAGACGUUAGAACAUAAUAAGACACUUUUAAAAUGCUUACAUUUCAAGGCAAGCUGGGGGUGGGAGGUUGUAGCUUCAGAAUGCACAAUUAAGAAGGAAAUGUCUGCAUUCAAGGAGAUGCCACCUCUACUGUCCACAUUUUAAAUACAGACAUGUGUCUUCAAUUUAAGAGGGAUCUUUUUUAGUUCCCAAUUCUGGAUUUCAUUUUUGUUGUGGGACCUAUCCUAUACAUUAUCCUAAUUUCCUAUUUAGUAUUCGUACUAUAAUCCAUGAGUUACCACACAUUUGUGCACGUUAACGUCUUUCUCAUUCUCUUCUUAUUUUGAAAAUAGAGAUAGAAAUGGUGAAUACUUAACAGUGUGGCUGUACACAGAGUCUUCAUCUCAAAGACUGUCCUCAGCGCCGGAAGUGAGGGUGGAAGGAUUUGGGCCAAAUUGUUUUAAAAGAGAUUCGGAUGGAAGUAGGAUGGGGAAUAAGGCCGAGGGCAGGCACUUGAGGCGUGGACUCUCAGAUGUCAUUGACUGCUUCCUGAAUUGAUCAGAAACUGAAUCUGCUGGUGUCCGGGUAAUAGUCCUCAAAGUUCAAGAAGCUAAAGUGGCUCUUGUUAGUUUUUCUAAUCAGUGUCUAAGGAGAAGCUCAGUGUCAAGGAAGGAACCUGGCCAUCAGAUUCUCAAGUUUGACUUCCUAGGAUUCCCAUUUACAAGAUCGAUGACUUGACUUAUUCCUUCUGUACUUCACAUUACCCGUCAAUGAAGAAAGUGUAAUCAGCCAGUCAGCACUCAGAAUAGAAUAAGAUGAGUUGUCUGGAACCUGGAGGCCUCCUGCUGUGCCAGACCCUGUCCCAUUUGCUGCCAGAUCAUGGGGAGAAUGGGGAGGUAGGGAUCCCAGGGAAAGAACCCGGGCAGAGAAGGCUGCAGGGUCAUGGGGUCAGGGAGUGGGAUUUGGAGGGCUUGGGACAGCAGGUAAUUUGGCAACUGGGAAAUACUGCAACAGUUUCAGCAACUAGCAUAGCCAUAUCUAUGCAAACCAGCUGAAUAUUGACCCCGUAUAUAACAAGACUUUCCUUGCAGAGUUGCUACCAGGAUUAAAUCAAAUCAUGCAUACUAACAGUACUAUGACGAAUGGGACUUCCCUGGCGGUCCAGUGGUUAAGACUUCGCCUUCCAAUGCAGGGGAUGCAGGUUCGAUCCGUGGUCGGGGAGCUAAGAUCCCACAUGCCUCUCGGCCAAAAAAACAAAACGUAAAACAGAAACAAUAUUGUAACAAAUUCAAUAAAGACUUUAGGGGCUUCCCUGGUGGCGCGGUGGUUGCGCGUCCGCCUGCCGAUGCAGGGGAACCGGGUUCGCGCCCCGGUCCGGGAGGAUCCCACAUGCCGCGGAGCGGCUGGGCCCGUGAG